UCCGCGGUCACACAGCGCUGCGUAGUUUAUUUAUUAUUAAAAAAAACUGCAUAUUACGAAAAUGCAGAGCCAGCAAGUUGGUUUAGUGAUAGUUUUUCUCUGCUGCUGUCUCGUGGCCACAAAGUCCACGCCACUGAGUGUCCACGACGACAUAUCGGAUUCGUAUGAAUCAGCCUCUGUCUCCGUGGAAAAGCAGCCACAAAGGAAACCACUGCUUGACAACGACAGCGAUGAUGGCGUUGACGAUGACGACUCCUUGUAUCCCUUCGAUGACUCCAGACUGGUAGAUGAUCCGAUGGGGGCGAUGGAGCGGCAUCAACGCGUCCACGACCACAACUGGGAUGUGUUGAUAUUCACCCAGCAAUGGCCGGUGACCACCUGCUAUCACUGGCGCGAGGACAACCCCUCGCAAGAGUGCACGCUGCCUCAGAAGAAAGAGUUCUGGACCAUUCACGGCAUUUGGCCCACCAAGCUGGGUUCGCUGGGGCCGUCGUUCUGCAACAAUUCUGCGGAGUUCGAUGUGGACAAGCUGGAUGGCAUCUCGAAUCGCCUGGAGACCUAUUGGCCGGAUCUGAAGGGGGCCACUUCGCAAGAGUGGCUGUGGAAGCACGAGUGGCAGAAGCACGGUACCUGCGCCAUGCUCAUCGAGGAGCUGGACGACGAGCUCAAGUAUUUUGCCCAGGGGCUCAGCUGGCGGGAGCAGUAUAUCAUGUCGCGCAUCCUGGACGCUUCGGACAUCCACCCCGACUCGAACAACACGGUCACGGUCAUCAACAAUGCCAUUGUGAAGGUUCUCGGCAAGAAUCCCUCCAUCCACUGCCUCUUCGACACGAAGCACGAGAUAAGCUAUCUCUCGGAGAUUCGCAUCUGCUUCAACAAGUCCCUCGAGCUGAUCGACUGCGACGGGGUCAAGCUGGGCGAUGCCGUCUCCAUCAAGUAUCCGGGUGGCAAUGUCACCACCAAUUGCCACAUCAGCAGCCUCGUCCACUACCCCAGUCUGGUGCCGACGCCCCAGCGCAAGCGGGAAUGGAAGUUCCCGCUGGUGAAUGUCUACAAGCUGUUGCAGUUUCUGAUGUGGUUCACCCUGUAAUGAACACCGGAAAAAGUGGAAAGAAAUGGUCUUAUAUUUUGUAUAGAUUUAGUUUUGGGAUUGCAAUCCCUUUGGGAAGACGAAGAGGCGCGCCUUAGGAGGACUUGUUGACUCCUCAUAGUUUUUUCACCCCACCUUACACUACACAAGUCCCCUCCCGCCCUAAUUCGAUGACCCCGCGGAGGAGGAGGCUACCCCAUUCACUUAGACCAGGCGUAUUUUUUGUGUGUAGAAGGAAAUAUAGCAAAUCAUCAA